GACAGUCUUCUCCCCGUGCUCGGUGCUCGCGAAAAUCAACCGGCAAUGGUCGGGUUAGAACUGUCGCGCCCGAGCCGCAGCAGCCCGCAACGCACGACCCGACCGAUUCCUCUCUUCUCCUUUCUUCUCCUACCAUGCAUCCCUUCCUCCCUCCCGUUAUCCCGCCAUCUCCCUCCUUCCAACCUUCCACCCUCUCUCUCCCGCCAGCUCACCCUUCCCCUUCGCCGCCCUCUCAUCCUCACCCUUCGCAGUUCCACCCUCUUUCCCUUUGGUCCGCUGCUCUAAUCUCCACUCCUCUUCUGGCCUCUCCGCUCCGCUUCGCUGCUGCAUCGCGCCGUUCUCUCUCUCUCUCCCUCGUUUCCCUUACGCUUUCUCGCCCCGUGUUUCGAGCUUUUCUCCGUUUCAUCCUUCGUCCCGUCUUGCACCGCUACCCUGUCCCGCCACGUUUUCGCCGAUCAUCGUCAUCCUCCUCGAGCCUACGUCGUACCGCCUGAUUUUCCGUCGUACGCACGAAUACACGCGUGCGUUGACGCGUACGAGCAGGCGCGUUCGCGGAGAGGACGACGUCCGAGGCUGUGGCGACGAUGACGCGCGCGCGAUUCUCUUCCGUAUCCGGCUACGGUGCAUCCGUUCGCGGUUUCGCUGUCCUCGGUGCAGUCGUCGACGACAUUCCGAUCGUCCAUCUCGAGAGAUGCUUCUCGAUCGGUGUCGAGACGAAGAGGGAAAAAAAGGAGCGAACGCUCGAAAUUCGUUCGAGCCGCUUUUCGCCAUAAAAAUGGGCGAGGCAUUGCCCUUUCGUGAACUUUCAGCUUUGGCGGAUGUAGGUAUCCCAGCCGACACCGAAUCCUGAAAGGAGGAGAGAGUGACCCGUUUUUCGUCUCGCUUCGCGUAUCUGGACCGUCCGCCUUGCGCGAUAUUCUCUCUUCGUUUUCGACGCGAGCGUGUCCGAGUCGUUCCGAGAUUUCACGAGAACCGUGCCGUUUACGGGGUUGCGAUACGCCACCCUCUGCCUCUACCGCCACCACCACCACCACCACCGAUUCCCUCGGCGUCGGAGAUCCACUCUGUGCCCGCGACCGAGCGAACCCGAUUCUACCUGCGCGUACAGAGAUCAACCGUAUCCGUAUAGAGAUCGUCGACGCUCUCGCCGUUCCUGUCCUCCCUUUCUACGCAACCGAACGAUCGACCGCUUUACAAAUAUGUUUUCCGAUCGAUCCGUCGUUUCCCUUUCGUUCUCUUUGUUUCCGCGCCCACCGCCCGCUGCUCUUUUUCGCGCGUUUUGUCGUCGCGUGACUCGAUCGCGUCUCACGCGCGUCGCGUCGGCCGCGCUCCUUCGCCUCGCUAUUAUUUUCUUAUGUAGGUAAACGGGUUAUCGGUUCAAGGUCGAGCCGAACUAUCCGAAGAACGUGGUCGACGAGUUCGCGUUGCCUCGAGUCAGGUUCCUUCUCUCCUUACCCUCUUUAGAGCCGUAAUCGUUCCGUUUCUUUUCCGCCACGACUAGGUCGGCCGCGAUCGCGUUAAAGCACGCUUUCCCUUUCGUCUUCUAUUUCUCUUCGAUUCUCCGACCGUGUUCGACGUUCGUUCGAUCGGAUCGAUUCUCGAGAAAGAGUUCGGAUCGAUCUCGGCAGACGAGUCGCGAUCGAACGUCCGCGAACCGAGCGGAAAGACACGCGUCGGAAACGCGAAUUGGACGGAGCGGAAGAUUCGAAACGCGGUAUCGGCGAUUAAACCACACCCCUCCAAGAGAUUUCGCCAGCCGCUAAGUCGAGUUCCGAAAGAACGGAGGCGGGUCGACGAUGGGUACCAGAGAAUUUCCACGGUCUCUAAUUGGUUGGUUCCUCGUCGAAAAUAAUCCAUCUGGGUGUUACCGACCGCUUAACGCGGCUCGUAAAGUAUUCGAACGUCGUUGGCUGGCCAACGUUGGCGCGUUUCGACGAGGCCGAGGAACGUGGCCGUCGCGAAGCUCCGACGCGAGUGCGAGUGCGAGUGCGAACGCGAGCGUGAGCGCUUACGAUCGGCUACGAAAGUCGACGAGCACGUACGAGCUUACGGCCCGUACUGGCGCGCGCUUUAGGGCCACGCGCCGGCUCCCGGAAAGCCCGUCGCUUCAAUCUUACACGAGACCUCGUCCCGAUCUCUGUGCCUCCAAGGUUUUCGGGUCCGUCUUUCGGCCCCGUGCCCCCGACAGCUUUCUCGGUUACGCGUUUGGUUCCGCGGUUCGAGCCGCCAUCGGAAAUCCGCGUUCGAGUUACGGAAGUUACACGCUUUCGAUCGAUCGGUGCUCGUCGAUCUAACGAACGCGUUAUCCGCGAUGCUCGCGGCGUUCUUUCGCGCUACCUCGCGCACCGCAUGACGGUCGUUCGAGUCUCGAGACAAGACACGAGUUGUUCAGAGAAUAAUUGACCGGACUCCGGUUUUGCCCGAGUCGAACGAGCACGAUCGCGGCAACGAAGAAACGCUCGUCGAUCGUCCGUCUCGGCGGAAUUCGCGCGAUACGAUGACUCUCGUGACGGAUACGGUGUCUUACGCGUGUCAAGCUGCCGCCAGACAGUCUUACGACGCUUAUCGGCAUCAUCAUCAUUAUCAUCAUCCGCAACUUGGACAUCAUCCCCGCCACCCUCACGAUCGUCGACAUCAUCGGUACCACCAUCAUCGCCACCAUCACCGUUACCACCGUCAUCAUCAUCGACGUCGUCGCGUCUACGCGCCCAUCGAUCAUCCCUCGAUCGAUUACCUGCAAGGAUAUCUGUCCGAGAGAAACGUGGACGAAGCAACGAGGAGCAUCGUCGAGUCGGCCGAUAACGCGUUCGCGCUAGAAUCGGCUAGUUCGCAACGUUACCGGUCGCGAACGUUUCGAUACGCGCUGGAUUCGGACGACGCGUCGUCGAUCGCGUCGGUGGACGCUUCGGCCGAUUUCGAAUCGGUAUCCGUGGAGGCCGAGGAGAGCAACGAGGGCAACGAGUCGACGGAACCGAACGAAUCCAACGAACCGAACGAAAGGAACAACGAAUCGAACGAGAGCGAGUCGAACGAGCACGUGCCCCAUCCACACGCGGCGCUGGACGCGACGGCAUCGCCGCACGGACCUCGCAGAUGCCUUCUCUGGGCUUGCAAGGCUUGCAAAAAGAAGACCGUCACCGUUGAUCGAAGGAAAGCGGCCACCUUGCGCGAGAGAAGACGUUUGAGGAAGGUGAACGAGGCGUUCGAAGUUUUGAAGAGACGGACCAGCAACAAUCCCAAUCAGCGACUGCCGAAAGUGGAGAUCCUGCGAAACGCGAUCGAGUACAUCGAGGGCCUGGAAGCGUUGCUGCAGACCAACGGAUCUUCGCCGUCUCAAGAUCACGGUUCGAUCGAAAACUCGAACGCAGGCUCGUCGCGAUACGUGACGGAAAGACUCAGGCAAUUCUCGGACCCUUUGGCAAGGUUUCAACCCAUCAACGGUUUCGAGCACGCUAUGGAAUCGCACUCGCUUCAGGUCACCGGAAGCAGUUUGGAUCGUCUAAACAUGAUCGUUCAGAGCAUCAACGGUCCGAGCCGUGCGACCACCGACGCCCAUCGAUAUCCUUCGCAUCAGUAACAGCCGAGGAGUCGACGAGAGCUUUUACCGAGCCUUCCUGGAGCCAGUUCUCGCGCGCACCAGGAUAUCCAGUUCCUAGACACCUUUCCGACUCGAGUUCCGUCGAAUUCGGCUGUCCGUUUAUUCGUUCCGUUUCGUUUCCGAUCGAUCGUCGCGCUUUCGAUCGGAUCUCGAGUCCCGACAUCGAAUGUACAUACAUAAUACGUAUUAGGUAUACGCGCGUUCGAUCGCGCCACUUUACGAUACAAUAAAGAGCCUCGAAAUCAAUUCUCGAUGUUUCUCGGACUUGCUGGUCCGUUCCCACGCGGUUCGAACCUCGACCACGUAUUCGAAAAAGCAGAUGCCGCGUUGCGCUCGUCCGUUCGCACGCUCGAGUCGAGUAUACGCGCGUCUACCGAUUCGUCAUCGUUUCCAUCCUCUCUGCCUCGCUCUCGUCCUCUCGCUUCCCUCCCCCUCGGCUAAUAGCUCUGUUUCGUCUCAUCCCGAUACUAGCUAGCUCGGGGGACAGCUGGAGUCUCGUUCGAUUUAUGGAGCGUCGUGUUCGAAAAGUCGUUGCCGGCACGACCAAAAGCAUCCACGCCGGAAGUUGGAGAUCUCUGCCUAGCUAGUAAAUAGGAAAGCUUAGCCGCCGACGCGACGUCGUCACGUUUCGUAAACAUCGUUCGUCGAUCUACGAGGGACGCGUCUGUCUUCCGAAAUCGGAAAUCUCUGCUCGACCUCGAUCGAGGUAUUUCGGGUUCGCGAACCUUCCGAAAAAACCGUGGACGCUUUACGAGGGUGAACGACUACGAAGCCACCCCGAAUUCUCGUAAUUGGGGAAAAGCGGGGAAACGCGUGGUAACGCGGAGUUACCCAACAUUAGCCGAAAAUAUCCAUGUCGCGGGAGUAAGAAUAGUUGAGGACGACAUAAAUAUUUUUGGAGUUACUGACCCGUCAAAACUGCCGGCACUUUGAGCGGAGCGCGCAAAGUCUCCUCCGCACGGCGCAACGAUUCUAUCGGGUACGUCGCGAUCAGCUUUUUUCUCUCGUUCGAUUCGAAUCGUGUAGCCACUCGGAAAAGUCGUUCGCGAGCUUCGCGUACGCCGAUACGCGUUCGCGUUACGAUAACGAGACGCUUCCGAAGUUUUCUCGAAAUUUAAUUUUGUACGCCCGCGAAACGCGCGCGGAACCUCGCGAUACCCGUAUCGCCAUCUAACGGCGAGGUUCUCUCAUUUUCCGCGUUUCGUUCUCUCUCCAGACGAUCGCGCUACUUUCCCCGGAUUUCUCCUUCCUAUCGACCGAGUCGACGAUUUCGAUUCCCCGCGAUCGAAAUCACGCGCGCUCGUUACGGUUGCUCGUGCAUUCCUGCUAAUCGCUGAGCGGAUAAUGCUUUCGAUGUAAUUGAAUGAAGGAAAAAAAAUAUCGCAUAUAACGGCAAGGGUAGAAGGUAAGAAAGAUACCAGACAACGUUUGUAACGAGUAUUUAUUACGUUUGAUCGUCGACGAUGCGGUGUUCGACUUUACAAAUCGAAUGGCUCGAUCGUAUAAAAGGUAAGGCUUACAAAUUCGGGAAGGAAGAGAUACGCGGUUAAAA